GUUUGUUGAGAACACAAACUUUUGGAUGAGUUUUUAUAAUCUGAUGGCUCACAGAAAACAUGGACUUUCACCUUUACCUAUUUUCACAUAUCUUCAGUCAUUUUCACAUGUAUGAAUUUGUUAAAAUUUCAGUUAUGAUGAUACAAGGAAGUGUAUAUAUAUGUGUGUGUGUGUCUGUGUGUGGGAAGGUGUUUGAGUGCAGGUGCCAUGAAGGAUUGCAAAUAAAGUUUUGAAAUUUGGCUCAUGAUCUUGUUUCUUCUUGCAGCUGGCCCAAGUAACAGUAUCAGAUUGUUUGGUACUACUUUGUCGUACUGUGAACGCCACGAGGCCACGGAGGCGACUUUGAACUUAAACAAGCAAAAACGGGAUUCUACUGAGCUUGGUUUGCCUCCUACAUUUGUUGCUCUGCCAACACUGCCGGUUGAAGUCCCUCAAACAGUGUCUCAGCUUCGCUCGCCUCUUGGUUUCUCUGCUACCCCGGUCUCAUCUUCAGAAAAGGGUAAACAAAUUGUGGGAAACCAAACCUCACAGUUGUCCCGUUUUUCUCAAGAUGAGCCAUCGACAAUAGUCACCACAAGCCGUUAUCCGUUGGCACCAACACCUGCAGUGGCACCGGCACCGGCACCGGCACCAGUUUCAUUGGACCGUGGCAAGCAGCCAAUCCAGGCAAGUGGUAGUUCAUCUGUUCGAGCUCGACCUGAACCCAACCCGCGGUUUAACCGAAUUAACCGCAACAACACCAGGCGUUAAGUUUUGCUAGAUUUAGUAGAAUGUUUUUGGUUUGGUUAUGUACUGGGGUUAAACUCUGAAUGUUUUUGGUUUGG